AUGCAGAACCUCGAUGAUUUGAUGACGUACAACUCCACGUCUCACUGGAACGUGACAACGCUGUGGUUUGACAAUGACACCUAUCACAACGGCACCAACUACACGGAUUUGGCGCCGCGGAAUCAAUUCGUGCUUCCGUGGUGGCGGCAGAUGAUUUGGACGCUCUUGUUCGCCGGCAUGAUCAUCGUGGCGACCGGCGGCAAUUUAAUAGUGAUAUGGAUCGUGCUGGCGCACAGGCGGAUGCGCACCGUCACCAAUUACUUCCUGGUGAACCUCAGUAUCGCGGACGCUAUGGUAUCCACCUUGAAUGUCACCUUCAAUUACACCUACAUGCUUAAUAGCCACUGGCCGUUUGGUACGCUCUACUGCAAGAUUUCCCAGUUCAUCGCGGUUCUCACUAUAUGCGCCAGCGUCUUCACUUUGAUGGCGAUAUCUAUUGAUCGGUACAUGGCCAUCGUGAAUCCUUUAAAACCACGUAUGGGGAAAAAGGCAACGCUGUGCGUUGCAGUCAUAAUUUGGAUCAUCGGAGCAAUUCUAUCUUUACCGAUGUUACUUUUCUACACCACGUACACUCAGAACUUCAUGAAUGGCGAAGUUCGCGUCGUCUGCUACAGCGAUUGGCCGAACACAGAUGAUAAUGGACUCAGCUACGAUGAAUAUUUGUAA